CCGGUUAUCGUCGACGGAGAUGAUGUGAUGUCGAAGCCAAGGGAGCUCAGUAGGAAGUUGUGCGGUAUCUGGGGCCUCGACUUCAAGGGCUGCCAAUUCGAGUGGGAGGAGGAGAAUGAUCUGAUGAAGAGCUUCCCGCUGAGUACCCCUUACAUGAGCACGAUCUUCUAUUCGACGGGGAUCCAUGAGAAGGAGACCAAGGAAGUGAACGUCGAUGUCGAGCAGGUGAAGUGGGAGAAGGAAUUUGGGGAAGAAGUCGCCAGGGGUAUGAGAAAACUGGUCGAUGAAGACUUGGCGGAUUAUGAGCAUUUG